AUGACCGCCGAAGCCCAGAAACUGCUUCUAAAAGAAUGGGCCAAGGACACCGAUCAUCUCGUUGAUGACAACAAUUCACCCAAAGCCGAGUUCGCGCGCCUGGCAAAGGCAAAGGGAUGGACCGGCGGGGAUACCGAAUGGUGUUAUCACUGGAAAGCGUGUUUUGAUGAGACAUACACAUGGGGAGUUCGUCAUAAGUCAACAACAGCCGAUACGACUGUUCACAAGAACGUGACUGCUCAAGCUGGUGGAAUCGAUCUCACGGACCGCAUGCGAAGUCUCUCUAUUGGUUCCGAUACCUCGUCUUUCUCGGUCAUCUCACAAGUCUCGGAUAGCACCGACUUACAAAACAGUGUACUAUCUCUUGAUACGGUCAAGUCCCUGGAGGAGAUCUCUGGGGGCGUUGAGAUCCCGGACACGGCUUCAGAACACAGCGAUGCUGAGUCAGAGGCUUCAUCGCUAGAGUUGGACGAAAACCCAGCGUGGAGUGAAUACACCAACUUCGUGCACCGCCCAGAUGCGUCCUUUCAGUCAGAGUUCGAACGUCUAGCUCGCACCAAAGGUUGGGUGGGACGUAUCAAACGCCAGCACCUAGUCGAGCUGCUCACUAGCGAGGUUGAGUUCUACUGGGGUGCGGACGACGUUGACAAGCUUGAAUACUACCAGUUCCUAUGUCAGGAGAUGGGCGUCAAGCAGAUCCCUUUGACUAUUACCCAGGCGAAGAACGCGCUUCGGCCUCUCAAAGUCAACCUUUACAGCGUUAUCGACCACAUGCGCAAUCCCGAGAUCAAGGUCAUCACAUACAAGACUAUCCGCGAGCUUCGCCAAAGCGUCCGCAAGAAGGGCACCUUUCCGAGGCAAUGUGCUAAGGCUGGUGAAGGCUGCAUGGCCGCUUUGCUGUCCAAGUUGUAG